CACAGCCCCGUAGCCUUAUAUAAAACAUUCACCCUCAGAACACUCGGCUAGAAAACACGACCGUGGCGACACAUCGCACUCUGUCUUGUCCAUCUUUGGAGGGAGCUCGUUACAAUGCUUGCUGUUUCGAGGACACUAGAGUUCUCCAACUGUGGAAUUAUGAAUUUAAACACAAUGGACCCAACGACUGACCAACAUUUGAGCUCUGCAGCAGGAGGUAGAGGCAGACAGAGGUCUCACUCCUAUUACAGCCCAGAGGACGCCAAGAACUAUGGACUACAGACACAAACAGAGGAAAAUGUUCUUAGGCCUCGCUCCAGGUCCUUUUAUACCUAUGAGACGUCAGAGCACUAUGCUGACUAUGUGGAGGAAAAUGGUACGAGUUCCAGUGCCCAGCGGCCAAGGGCACGCUCCCUCCUUCAGUACGAGGCAAACAAAAAGGACAAGAGAGAAGGUGAUGGAGUUACAGCUUGGCUCAGUUCCAAGAAGACCAAAUCAAAAUCCAACAAGCAUUCGCCCUCCAAAGAGCUUAAUGGCAGUAGAGGCAGCCUUAAGUCAGUUUCCAUGAUGACCAUCUCCGAAUCUGACAACUGGGAGAUCAGCUCUUGCUCAGGGAUGAAAUAUGGACAGUUUGUGGACUGGGAGAAGAUUGACCCUGAUGCUGCAGAAAAGUACCAACGAUUUCUGAGUAGUAAUCACGAGGAGAUGAAGAUCAUGGGACGUGAGGGUUUCUGGGCCAUGCCCCAUACAUUGAGGGCAAAAGCCUACUAUCACAUCAUCCAUGGUAUCCAUUCCAGAUCUGCUGCUCCAGACAGAGAUAGAUACCAGGAUUUGGCCAAGAAGCUCUUUGGUGAGCAGAAGAUGAGUACCCACCCCGUACCUGAGUAUAUGGAAGCGGGAGAAAUACCCAGGUAUUGCCUCAACAAGGCAGGCCUCAACUCUGUUAAAAAGAUCCUACUUGGCCUUGGCAAUUCUUUCCCGAACAUGAACUUCUGCCCCAUCCUGCCUGCCCUAGUCUCCCUCCUCCUCCACUUUAGUGAGGAUGAAGCAGAGUGUUUCCACAGUGUCUGCGUUCUUAUCUCCUUCAAAGACCCCAACAAGAGUUACAUUGACCAGACUUUCCUCACUUACCGGGCCUCCUGCAUGACCUUCGGAGACCUGGCUAACAAGUACUGCCGCGGCAUCCGCAAGCUGAUUGCCAGCUCACACCAGAACUUGUUUGAGUUCUACUCUGACUGGAUCAUGUGGAUAUUUGCCGACCUUCCAUUUACCUUUGCCAUCAGAGUGCUGGAUGUCUACCUCCUGGAAGGCUAUAAGGUUCUCUACAGGGUGGCCCUGGCUUUGCUGAGCCUCUACAAAGUAUCUGUAUCAUCACGGGUGGCAGAUGUUGAGGACUUCAGGAGGGAUAUGAAGAACUUUGUCGAGAAUAUAGCACGUCAUUGCACAGUUGAAAAGCUUCUGGAAAGGGCUUUCAUGAUCCAGAUGGCCACUCGUAGUGACCUUAACCUUCUCUUCAAUGCCAACAAAGACUCACUGAUGCAGAAAGGCGUCAGCAUCCACCAGAAGAGGCAAUCGGUCCAGACGGUGAAUUUCAGCAACUUCAGCUCCAGCGUUGUGACGGGGACAGAGAUGAGAGUCGUCUGGGCCUGGAUCCCUGAGCGCUUCGCCCUCUUCAGUCCCAUAAGGCUGUUCAGUACAAAUGAACAUGGCCGAAGCCUAGUUUCACUCUAUUCUCAUGUGGAGGGACACGAACCAGCACUGCUGAUUCUCAAAACUGUGGAUGAAGAGGUCUGUGGUGCCUUUCUGUCAACAGAUGUGAUUGAAAGAAAACAGCAUGAAUCUGAGGGGCUCACAUAUUUUGGGACUGGCGAGAGUUUUGUUUUCACACUUCGGCCUAGCAUGGAGCGCUACCAGCGGGCUGUGGUCAACAUCAUGACCAAGAGACCUUUUCCUCAGCAGAAGCGAACCAUCAGCUGUAUCUCUGCCCAGUCCAAUGGUGACCUAUCCCCUGCCCCCUCCAUCCCAGUCAUAACCACCACUACCUUAACCUGCCCUGCUGGGACCCCCCAGGACCCAAGUUACCUCACAAUCCCUUUCACUUCCCCCUCUGAAAUCUCCAAAUCUGCCAAAGAGCCCAAGAGACUCAAAGAACAAGAGGCUUCCAUGUUCAUGGCAGGCGAUGACAGCCAGCUCAUUAUUGGUGGUGAUGGGGGUCAUGCUCUUCGCAUUCAAGCAGACCUGGAGGAAGGACACACAGAGCGAUGUGACACAUUUGCAAGCACCCCACUCUGCAAGGGACACUUUAAGAUCCAGUCUCUGGAAGUAUGGGGGAUCCAGAACUCAAUCUCCUUCUCUCACAACUUCUCUCAAUAAAGUACAGUUCAUCUUUCAUUUCAUUUCAUUAUUAUUUAUUCCGCUCAUGGCAAUGCACAGGUCCAGACAGAAACAAG